AUGGCGCCCGCUAAUCGCCACAAAUCUAGCUCUAAUAGCUCAUCGGAUCCAUCGGUGGUUGGAAAUGUUGAACAAAAGGUUGACGAAUUCGUUAGACAAGUUGACUUAGAACAAUUAUGUUCUCCAAUUGAAAACUCUGAACCUUUGUUAACAAAAGGCCCGGGAAAAAAUAACCCAGUUGGCAGACCAUCUAAUUGCUUCUUCCAAUUUAAAAGAGUUGUCUCUACAUAUGCUACAAAUAGGCAUAUUCCAGGUUAUAAUGAUCAAAAUAUUCUUUCAAAAGCUCAAUCUAAACUUUGGAAAAUGAUCACUGAAGAACAAAAAGAUCAUUUUAAGAAAUUAGCCAAAGAAGCCGCAAGAAUUCAUAAAGAAAAUCAUCCCGAUUAUGAAUUUCAUCCACAUAGAGACAAAUCUAAUCAGAAUAUUAUAACUAACCAAGAUUCUAAUAAUUGGAAUCCCGAUCCGAAUGUGGGGGCAUUCGGUAUCGUGAUUAAUUCUGAGGAGGAUGUCUGUGGGCAAAAUUAUGCCUACAACAAUAGCACUACCGCGCUUCGAUCUAUCAAUGAUGACUCUGACUGUAUGGGGAGUUUAAGUCAAGACGAGUUGAUAGGCUUCCAGGAUAUGGACACACCACUAUUUUAUUUAAGUCCACCGGAAGAACUCAGCGCUUAUCCUGUUUCUCCUACUAGUCCUAUGCUUAUAGUUUCGCAUUCGGAAGUACCAUCACCGUAUCCAUCACCAAUUUCUGAUGAUAAUAAUAAUUUCCAAUUUGUGCCUAUAGAACAACCAACGACCCCGUUAAUUUUGGAAAUACCUGAUAGUAAUAAUAAUAUGUUGAUGAUAAAUAUGAAUGAUGCAAUGAGCAAUUUAUCUUGUUCUAGUUCGCCGACACUUUCCAGCUAUAGCAUACAACCUUCACCAAGCAUGGAGAAUACAGAAUAUUUUCAACCAUCUUUUACGGAUAACUGUACAAACAUGAUUUCGGUCUAUCCAGAUAUUGUCGCAA